ACGGAGCAAACUACAACCAGCGGCAGCGGCAGCGGCAGGACCCAGGGCAACUCUACAAGCAGCUUGGUGUCCCGGUUCCCCAGCAUGGCCCCCUCAGCCUGGGCCAUCUGCUGCCUCCUGUGGGGCCUCCUGCUCCGCGGCGGCAGCCUCAGCCCUGGCCCCAGCGUGCCCCGCCUGCGGCUCUCCUACCGAGACCUCCUUUCUGCCAACCGCUCUGCCAUCUUUCUGGGUCCCCGGGGCUCCCUGGACCUCCGGGCCCUCUACCUGGACGAGUACCGGGACCGCCUGUUUCUGGGCGGCCGCGAUGCCAUCUACUCUCUGCGGCUGGACCAGGCAUGGCUGGAUCCCCGGGAGGUGCUGUGGCCACCGCAGCCAGGACAAAGGGAGGAGUGUGUUCACAAGGGAAGAGAUCCUUCGGUGGAGUGUGCCAACUUUGUGCGGGUGCUGCAGCCCCACAACCGGACCCACCUGCUGGCGUGUGGCACUGGUGCCUUCCAGCCAACCUGCGCCCUCAUUGCCGUUGGGCAUCGUGGAGAGCAUGUGCUCCAUCUGGAGCCCCGCAGUGUGGAAAGUGGGCGGGGGAGGUGCCCACACGAGCCCAGCCGUCCCUUCGCCAGCACCUUUGUAGGAGGGGAGCUGUACACGGGCCUCAAUGCUGACUUCCUGGGGCGUGAAGCCAUGAUCUUCCGAAGUGGGGGUUCCCGACCGGCCUUGCGUUCUGACUCUGACCAGAACCUCCUGCACGACCCCAGGUUUGUGAUGGCCACCCGGAUCCCUGACAACUCCGACCAGGACGAUGACAAGGUGUACUUCUUCUUCUCGGAGACAGUCUCUUCACCUGAUGGAGGCCCGGGCCGUGUCAUCAGCCGCGUGGGCCGCGUCUGCGUGAAUGACGCAGGCGGCCAGCGGGUGCUGGUGAGCAAAUGGAGCACCUUCCUCAAGGCCAGGCUGCUCUGCUCCGUGCCUGGCCCUGGAGGUGCCGAGACCCACUUUGACCAGCUGGAGGACGUGUUCCUGCUGUGGCCCAAUGCAGGGAAGAGCCUGGAGGUGUACGCUCUGUUCAGCAUGGUCAGUGCUGUGUUCCAGGGCUAUGCCGUCUGCGUGUACCACAUGGCUGAUAUCUGGGAGGUCUUCAAGGGGCCCUUUGCCCACCAAGAUGGUCCCCAGCACCAGUGGGGGCCCUAUGCGGGCAAGGUACCCUUUCCCCGUCCUGGUGUGUGCCCCAGCAAGAUGACCGCACAGCCAGGACGACCCUUUGGCAGCACCAAGGACUACCCGGAUGAGGUGCUGCAGUUUGCCCGAGCCCACCCACUCAUGUUCCGGCCCGUGCGUCCUCGGCGGGGUCGCCCUGUCCUCGUCAAAACCCACCUGGCCCAGCAGUUGCGUCAGAUCGUGGUGGACCGCGUGGAGGCAGAGGACGGGACCUAUGACGUCAUCUUCCUGGGGACUGACUCAGGCUCCGUGCUCAAGGUCAUUGCCCUCCAGGUGGGGGGCCCUGCUGAACCUGAGGAGGUGGUUCUGGAGGAGCUUCAGGUGUUUAAGGUGCCAACACCCAUCACUGAGAUGGAGAUCUCCGUCAAAAGGCAAAUGCUGUACGUGGGUUCGAGGCUGGGCGUGGCCCGGCUGCAGCUGCACCAGUGUGAGACUUACGGCAGUGCCUGUGCAGAGUGCUGCCUGGCCCGGGACCCGUACUGUGCCUGGGAUGGUGCCUCCUGUACCCGCUACCGGCCCGGCACCAGCAAGCGCCGGUUCCGCCGGCAGGACAUCCGGCAUGGCAACCCUGCCCUGCAGUGCCUGGGCCAGAGCCAGGAGGAAGAGACUGCGGGACUCGUGGCGACCACCACAGUCUACGGCACAGAGCACAACAGCACCUUCCUGGAGUGCCUGCCCAAGUCCCCCCAGGCCGCUGUGCGCUGGUUCUUACAGAGGCCAGGGGACGAGAGGCCUGACCAGCAGGUGAAGACAGAUGAGCGCAUCCUGCAAACGGAACAGGGGCUGCUGUUCCGCAGGCUCAACCGCCUGGAUGCGGGCACCUACACCUGCAUGACGCUGGAGCACGGCUUCUCCCAAGUGGUGGUCCGCCUGGCUCUGGAGGUGAUCAUGGCUGCACAGCUUGACACUCUGUUCCCCCGGGAGCCGAGGCCAGAGGAGCCUGCAGCCCAAGGAGGCCCGGCCUCCACCCCCUCCAAGGCCUGGUAUAAGGACAUCCUGCAGCUCAUCGGCUUCGCCAACCUGCCCCGGGUGGAUGAGUACUGUGAGCGUGUGUGGUGCCCCUCCCGCAGCCGAGGCCGCAGCAAACAGGCCAAGGGCAAGAGCUGGGUGGGGCUGGAACUAGGCAAGAAGGUAAAGAGCCGGGUGCAAGCCGAGCGUAAUCGGACACCCCGGGAGGUGGAGGCCACAUAGAAGAGGGAGGAGGAGAGGGGGUGGUUGGGAUGGGCCAAGUGGCCAGCAGCAGCCCCCAGCCUCUCCCACCCACCCAGCUAGGGCAGAGGGGGCCAACAUGCCUGAUUGCCUCUUAGAGAUGGGAAUCUCUGCCCCCAGACCCCUACCAGGCUGCCCACAGGAUAGGCUGGGGCCUGAUGGAGGGCCUUGUGCCCUGGGCCAGUUCCCUGCCCCUCUCUGUGCUCUCAGUCCCAGGCUGGAGCCAGCACCCUCUGGCUGCUGGCAACUCCAGUGGGCCUGCUAUUUGUUCUUGAAUGAGGCCCCCAGAGCACAUUUCCACUUGUGCCGGAAGCAAGAGGGCUGGGUGUUUUUUACCCAGCCUGCAGAACAAUGGCCAUUCUGAGUGACCCUUAGACUGGGUGUGUGGGUGCAGCUGAGGAGGUGUCUGGGCAGGGGGCCCCCAGGCAGCUGAGGAGGGUGGAAGUUGCCUCUAAGCUAGUACCUGCUAAGAAGACCUACCCUGACUGAGGUGGGGAGGGAAAGUGGAGGCGCUGAGAAGGUGGAACAGCAAGACCCCCUCACACUUUGUGCCCUGAUAUCUUGGUAGUUCCCUGCCACUGCACAACCCCUCUUCUGCAUCUCAGAAUCACAGAAGCAUAGACUACUAGAGCUCUCUGGGACCUGGGGAUGGUCUGGACCUCCAAGCCUGACAUCCCUUCAUCAGGUCCUGGAGCGGCCAGGCCAGGUUUCCUGGGAUGCCCACACCUCCUGAUGGGAUUGCCCCUCCCCACCAUCAAGGUCUCCAUGUUGAUGAGCAGGGAGGGGGUGAAUUCUAGGAGAAUGUUAUCCCCCAUCUCUGUGGACUAGAGAUAGGGAGAGGGGAGCUGGGGAAGUGUGGGGUGGUUGGAGGAGUGAGCUAUCUUUCCCAGGGCAAUGCAAGCUGGCCCACAGACUGGGAGGGUGGGGGUGUGGCAGCUCUGGGAGCAAGCUGCAGCUGGUGGUCAGGACAAGGGGCAGGGCUUUGCCUGGGGGGGGGGCCACAGAAUAUUGAGGCUUUUGAGAUGGGGAGAGGGUGGGAGACCCUAGGACCGCCUGUGGGGCCCAGGGGCAGGCAUUCUCAAGGACCCCAGAAGGCAUCAAUUAGCCCAGGAGCCAGAUGUUUCCCACCCUGGGAUCUUUGGUUUCUGCUAAAUAAGGGUUUGUCACGGAUGGUUCAUUUAUGAAGCCUUUUUUUCUUUUAAGGGAAAAAAAAUGUAGGGGGAAGCUUCUAAGUCCUGCUGGUUCUUGGGGGUGCUGCUGGCUCAGGUGGCCAGGACGCAAUCUGUCUGGGCGUGUAGGGAGGUGUUUUUGCCAUCAGCAGUAAUGUGUUUCUUCGGCUGGGGAGCGUGGAGGGGGAGGAGGAGGAGGACUAAAUGAAAAGUUGUUCCCAGCCUGCAUGUGAACAAGUCGGUGACGCACAAAACCGACAGGAGGGAGACAAAAGCAUCAGGUUCGAGAUUCCCUCCAUUAAAAACCAAGAUGAAGGAAGGAGGAAAAAACAGAUAAAAAGCAAGACAGGGCUUCCUGCCCACUGAACUCAAACCCAGACUCUGUCUGCCUUGGAUUUUAUCCGAGCCACCCCGGCACUCCUUCCCCCCACCCCACAGCCCCUACCACCUCUAGAGAACUGGGGUCCGAAAAAGGCCCCUUUUCCCCUCUUUGCACAGUGAGUGAACCAGAAGCACUGAGGUUAACCUGACAGCACUUUGGGAAGCCUCUGGCCUGGGGUAGCUGUGGCUGGGAUGUCAGCACGUAAAAGCAGAGGAGGAGGACCGUGGGGGGAGGAGGAGAGAGAGGCCAUGGAAGAGGGUGGGGAGACAGUGCAGAGCCCCAGGAAUGGGUCUCAGAGCUGCAGCCAGCUCUGCCCCUCUAUCCCAGGCUCUGCACUGGCUGCUAGGCUGGGUCCCCUGGGGAAGUUACUCUGGAAAACAGAGGGAGAAGGAGUUAAAAAUCCUGAACAAGGAACACCUGAGCUUGGAAAAUUAUAGACAGCUUCUACUGGUCCGUACCCCGCACCCCGCCCCCCGCCGCCGCCUCCACGGUACCGUGUGUUAUUCACUCCUGGAAAUGCUUCUAUGUGUGAAUUCUAUUUUUGUAUUCAUAUGUUGAGAUAGGCCUUGUGGUUUCUCUGUCUUCAAAGCACGCUUCUCAUAAUUACUAUUGUUCUUUUUAUCGUCACCGCCCCUGAGAGCUGGUGAGGAUAGCGCAGGGGUUUUCCACACAACCUGCAAGGAAAGGGAUGAAGUUAAUACUUAUAUAACAUAAUUAUUACCAUUAUUGUAUCUGUGUAUUUCUGUACUAAAUUAACUGAUGCCAUUUGUGUGAGCUGGAAAUGAGGGGCUUUCCCUGUCCUUUCCAGGAGGGAGAAACCACCCUGGGUGGCAUUUUCUAGACGGGAAGGAGAUGGGUAUCAGAGGAAGGAAGGAGUCAGAGGGCUUUGCCUAUGAAGCUGAGAUUGCUUAUUAAAUUAGGAAAAUCCUG